CAGGUUGAAAGACAUGCUGUGGAAGAGAGACAGAGAUUAAUAACAGAUAUGAUUCAAUGCAGAGAGGUCUAUUAACACAUAGUGAGUGAAAAAGGUGACUGAUGAAGAAACACAAGGCAUCAUGGGAGUUCCCCUGCAGCCUACACCUAUUGCAACAUAACUAAAGAAGGAUUCAGGGUCACAUGAUCCAUCCCUAACUAUAACUAAGAUGAUCAGGUCACACCCACUGGGGCCUGAACAGGGAACUUCUAUGGUGUCUGCCACAUGUUAGCAGAGGAUCGUUUGGAUUGUGUACAUUGGAGAUUGAUGCUUCAGUGGAUUAAGUAUUUUCCACAGUGGUUUUCUGCAGAGCUUGGAGGGUGGGUGAACACCUGGGGCUCUUUGUGUUUCAUCAACCUGUUUUGCACUGUAGUAGGGCAGAAACCUCUUGUUUGCUUGGCUGUUUCCCUAUUAGCAAUGCCUUGUGCAUAGUCUGCAGUGUUAACAUAAUUGGUAGGUGUCAAAGUACCAUCCACAUGAAUCCCGUUAUAUAACGUUAUGAUGUUAUUCAAGGUAUCUAAGUAACUCACUGAACUUGUCUGUGCUUUCAAUGUUGUAGAUUAACGGGGUGUAGCACUGUGCGUCAUUUGGUCUGCACAAAAAGGGUAGAUGGCAAAAAAAAAAAACAAGUCCUACUUGCACCAACUGCUUAGAUCAUGAUUUUUUUUUUCAGAUGUGCCCUUACAGAUGAAGGUGUCCUGUCAGCAUGUGAUUGUUUUACAUCCUGUUUCUCAGACGUAAGACAUGAAAAUCUCACGGUGGGUUUUGUUCUGUGGGUUUCAGCAAAGACAGAAGCAGGUUCUCAUAAGGCAUCUGCACAUGACAUGCCUAAAUAUAAAGGACAACUCAAUACCUAAAGAAAAUAUAUUAAUAUAUAUUAUAUGAAUUCAUAUAUUAAUUCACUGCAAAUCAGUGAUUUUGACUGAUCUGUCAUUUAUAUAGUUGUGUAGUGUAUAACAAUGGCUUCAUGAUUACCUGUGUAUAAAGGUGUGUCUUUAUUUAUUGUAUCAAAAACUUGCAUACUGUAGUUUUGAUUGUUUUUUGUUUUUGGAAGAGAGUGAAAAAUAAAAAUCCUAGCUUGAUCACUAAUGAAACCUGUCAGAAGAAAAAUGUACAUCAAUACAUAACUAUUUCAAUGAUACUGAAAAUGGAAGUGAAAAAAUGGUUUUAUGGAAGAUCCUGUGAUCCUUAACCAUCCACACCAACCACACACCCAACCCAAAAUGAUAGUUUCAUAGUUUUUCGUUUUCACAUGAGUAAGAUAUCGAAACCCUCAAAAUCUCAACAGAAGGAGUUUUUAGUUUCUCAGCAGUUUUUAAGACCUAAACGUAAGUUUGGGGUUUUAAUUACUUUAAAUUAAUAGUCUUAUUCGGAGUAUUUUUUAUCAUUCAAGAAUUCUCAUGGUGUGUAGCACUUGGGUCCUGGGUUCAAAUCCUGGCUGGGUCUUUUUGUGUGGCUUUUGCAUGUUUUUCCCAUGUCUGCAUGACCUCCCUCUGCAGUCUUUCUCCACGCAUAAAGUUAUGUUAAUUAACAAUUCUUCAUUGAGUGUUUGCUCUACAGCCAGAUGACAGCCUGUAUGGACUACCCUCUGCUUUUUGCCCUAUGACAACUGGAUAAGUUGACCCUGAAUUGGAUAAGCAGAACAAAAUUGCACCCUGGUAUAGGAAAUUGCAUCUCAGUGGCAUGUCACCAUCCCAAGUUACCACAGUAUAUGUUAUUAUAAGUCAUUAGUGACUUUUGCCUAGUUGUUUUUCCAUUAAAUCACUCUCCUACUGAUCAUAACAGUUCAUCUGCAUUAUGUACUCACUUGAUGAUUUAAUAAUGAGAUGUGACACUUCUAAUCUUUGUUCCCUGUGCAAUACCUGCAAAGUGUGACUGCUAAUAUAUCUCCUGAUUGAGCUUUUAGAGGGCCAGGACUGACUCAAAGGUCAAGAUACAUACUGUGUGUGUUCAAGAGCUGACACAGCUCAGAAAGCCCUGUUGUCACAGUUAGUAGUUUCGAAAAGUAAGAUCAUCUGGUUUGUAUUUGGUACAUGUACGAUGUAAGAACAUAAAAGUGCUUACACCACCACACUGUGGAGGGUAACUUUUGUUUGAGAUUAAAAAAAAAACAUGUCCUCCAUCAGCUAAAAUACAUUUUGGUGCUGGUGCAUGAUUUAGGAAUGGAGCGGAGUUCAGGACAUAAAUUUCAAUAAGCACACUGUCUGAAUGAAACAACUAUGGUUUGCAACUAGUUUUGGCCAUCAUCCAAAACUCCAGUUUUGGAUGAUGGCCAGGUUUUCUUUAUUACUAAUUUUAGGGGUUGAUUUGUUGUUCCACUGGAUGCUUUCUUAUAAGCUUUAUAUCAAAGUUCAGGUAAAACACGCCCGCUAUUUAGUCUUGUUUAUAAGUAUAGUAAGUAGGUAAUGUGUCCUGCAUUAACCAAAUUCCUUUUUCGUAUGGUAAUAAAGUUUAGAUGGUCCUCUGUUUUAUGCAUCCUCUAAUUUUUAUUGCAACCUAAUGCCCUUUUUUGUGGAGCAUUUUCUAGUUUUUUUAGUUUAUUUGGGUGAUAUCUUUUCAAUAAUCUUUAUUUUGUAAGUCUGCCUUCAAAUCUCACCAUAAAAGAAAAUUCCCUUUGAAAAUUCCACUGGAAAUUACAAAAUGGUGCAGCAAUAAAAAUAUACUUGUCACACCUUCAUCUGGAAACCACAGCACAUGUGACACAGUGAAUGACAAGCAUAUGGUUAGCAAAUAAAAUCCAGGAUUAAACAAUCAAAGAAAUAUAGGUUUGCUUUACUUUCACUUCAUUUGUGGCACAGUUCUUUUGACUUUAAAUGACCGUUGACCUGAUGGAUGAUUGUUGACUCGAUGACUUGAUCUAACCAGUUUGUCAAGCCCAACUGAUUCGUGUCUGGAUGUUUUUCACAGCAGUCAAAUAGGUAAACGUUUCCAUAUGAAUGAAAGCACAUAAGAUGCUCGUUCACCUUAAGUGACUCCAACUGCACAUGUGAUGUUUAUGCUCCUAACAGGUAAGAAUUUAUUAUACUUACUUGAUAGAUAGAGUCAUGAGUCAUCUGACUCAAAUUCAGAGAUGAAUUGCGAGAUGUGCUAUUUACAAAAUCUUUCUGAUGUUGUCAGUUAAAAAGUCCAUUAUUUAGAAAUUCAACGGAAGGGAGGUCCCAUGAAUCAGAGUCCUCUGCUUCUCCUGAACAGAAUCUCUCAUCUCCACCAAGUGACGCACACUCCGCAGUUAGAGCACAAGUGCUUGACUGGACCAGGUGCAUCCAGGAGAGGGCUGAUAUCCCAGCAGGAUCCUGCCCCUGUAAGCGUAAGAACAUAGCAACAAUAACUAAGAUGGAUAAAGUCCAACGGAAAUUAUGUGCUGUCACUGUGUUGCUGUUCACUGUGUACCACAGUCACACAGCAGCUGCCCGGCUGAAGGAACAUCUGGCUGAUUGUCUGGAGGACAAAGACUAUAAUGAACUGCUGCAGACAGCAAAGACUGGUCUUCCACACAUAAAUACAUCUCAUCAUGUUGUUAUUGUUGGAGCUGGAAUGGCUGGGCUGACAGCUGCCAAGUUACUGCAAGAUGCAGGACAUAAGGUAACUGUUGUAGAAGCAAGUGGCCGCAUUGGUGGACGGGUUGAAACCUACAGAAAUGAAAAAGAUGGGUGGUAUGCUGAACUGGGGGCCAUGAGGAUCCCAAGUUUUCACCGAAUUGUGCAAUGGUUUGCUGACGACCUAGGGGUCAAAUUGAAUGAAUUCAUCAUGGAUAACCCUAACACCUUUUACCAUGUUAAUGGAAAGCGGAAAAGAACAUUUGCAGCACAAGCAAAUCCCGAUGUACUUGGGUACAAUGUGUGGCCAAGUGAAAAAGGGAAGUCAGCAGAUGAACUCCUUCAACAAGCUUUACAGAAGGUAAAGGAUGAGGUGGAGGCUCAUGGCUGCUGGGCUGCACUGAAAAAAUAUGACCAUUAUUCCGUGAAGGAAUACCUGAAAGAAGAAGGAGAUCUGAGCCCCGAAGCAAUGAGAAUGAUUGGAGAACUGCUCAACGAACAGAGUCUUAUGUACACUGCACUUAGUGAGAUGAUCUAUGACCAAACUGACAUCAGUGACAGCACCAAGUACUUUGAAGUGAUUGGUGGGUCUGAUCUUCUCCCCAAAGCUUUUCUUACUGUCCUUGAUAUCCCUAUUCUCCUGAACUCUAGAGUCAAGCGUAUCAGUCGCUCACACAAAGGAGUCAUUGUAUCAUACCAAACCGGACAACAGUCCUCUCUUACUGAUCUUCAGGCUGAUGUUGUCCUAGUAACAACCACAACAAAAGCAGCUCUUUUUAUGGAUUUUAUCCCGCCUCUGUCCCCCAAAAAGAUGGAGGCACUGAGGGCUGUCCAUUAUGACAGCUCCACUAAAAUCCUCCUCACUUUUAACAACAAGUUCUGGGAGAACGAUGGUAUCCGAGGAGGAAAGAGCAUCACAGACGGGCCUACUCGUUUUAUCUACUAUCCCGGCCACAGUUUCCAAAAAAAUAAGACCAUUGGUGUCCUCCUGGCAUCCUACACCUGGGGUGAUGAUUCACUACUCUUCCUAGGUGCAAGUGAUGAAGCCCUCAAAGAGCUGGCUCUGAGCGAUUUGGCAAAGAUUCACGGUGAGCAGGUCUGGGAUUUCUGCACUGGGGUGGUGGUGAAAAAGUGGAGCAUGGAUCCUUACAGCCUUGGUGCCUUCGCUCUGUUCACACCCUACCAACACUUAGAGUAUGCUAAGGAGCUCUUUGAAAGUGAAGGCAGGGUCCACUUUGCUGGUGAACACACAGCCUUCCCUCAUGCUUGGAUUGAGACGUCCAUGAAAUCUGCAAUAAGGGCAGCAAAAAACAUUAACAGAGCUGUGCUGCUGAAAUCGGAGUCAGCUAAAUGUCGAAAAAGAGAUGAACUCUAGGGUCUGACAUAUUUAGUCUUUGACAAUCUUCAAAAGAAGGAUCCUUAAACCACUUAUCUACUUAUUACAAGCCAAUCGAAUUAGCUAAGUGACAAUACUAAAUAUUAUUGUUUCAGAGUUUACAGCUUUUUAUCCUUUUGUUAAUUGAUCUCUUUUUUUGUGCUGUACUACUCACUUUUAAUAUAAAAGGCCUUGGUAAAUUAGUGGUGAUAGAGAUAUAUUAUUAAAAAUUGUAUAUGUAUCAAAGACUUUUUGUGAUGUAGCAUUUUCACACAAUAAAGUGGCAAUGUUACACAAAGUUAA